CAGGGCGCCCCCUUCCCCUUGCCGUGGUGAGGCAAUGCCCUUGUAAAAGCCUCCCCGGAGGUCGUCACUGACAGAGACGCACAAGGGAAGGAGAAAGGCAAGCAAGAAGAGAACCAGGACCAGGCCGCGAGAAUGAAAUCCCUCCUGGCAUCUCGCAUAAGGCCCUUCUAUAUUCCCUCCACUCGUCAGCUGAAAAACAGAGUUUUAGAACACCAGAAAACCUUCCAGGCAGACAACGACCUGCCGGUGCAUCUCAAAGGGGGAACCAUGGACGCCCUGCUGUACCGCUUCACCAUGGCCCUGACGGCCAUCGGUGCUGCCUACUCCAUCUUUUCACUGUUCCGAGCUGCUCAACCCAGGAAGAACUAGAGAGGAUGCAACUGGUGCGGCUCACCUGGCAACACAGCCCCACCCUCUUCACUGGAAGUACAACCCCCCCCUCUCCAAUUUCGUCCUCCUGCUCCCUCUUUUUGGGGGCUGCAGCAGAGAAGAGAAAACACAUUUGAGGGAAGGGGAAACAUCCAAACGUUUCUACAAAAUAGCGUGAGCGUAUAAGAUCCGCCUAGAUACACAAACACACAAAUAAAUGAAAUCAAAGAUCCA